AUGGUGAGAAAUGCGCUAGGACAGCUGUUGCCAGCAGCAGCCACUGUGCCGCUGAAGAAAUCGCAUGAAGCAAAGUUGCAUAGCCGGGAGACAGUCUUGGGAGAUGACUUGCCACGGCCCAGAUUGAGCUUCUGCACUGGUCGAAGCUGGCCCAAGGGCGGCCUCGGGAGCAAUGUGAAGAAAACAUCUCGACAAGAAGUGGGUACUCCCCGUGCCCGCUCACAAUCCCGUGGUCCUCGCUUGGAAGCGCCCAGAUUUGAGGUCUCAAGCAGCCCCCGUGCGCGAAUGGGGCAUCAUUUGGACAUGACACCAGAGUCAGUGCGUUCUGGACGCAGCUUGGCGCGCAGUGUGCGCAGCUUGCGAAGCACCCGCAGUGGUUCGAACCUCAGCGUCGAUUCCCAACUGUCGCGUAGUUCAUCACAGUGCAGUCGUUUAAGUUCCCUGGAUUUGGAAGAGAUGGCGGCCGAGGAGGGUCGCCGUCGCCUAGCAGCGCAGCUGCGACGCAAUGCCAAGAGCUAUAAGCAGGCGAUCAACAAUCCGGACAUGCGUCGAGGACACCAUUCCUUGAAGCUCACAGUGCCCGAAGAGUUUCAUCUCAGUUCUGCCGACCUGCUUGGAGUUCCGGUCGUGGAUCCCUUGGGGCCGAUUCCCGGUGCCAAUCGGGUGUUAGCAAUCGGGCAGACCAACGAGGCACUGGUGUCAGUGCCAGCCAGGAUUCAGACUCUGACAUCACUUGCUGCGACCGGCUCUAGCUUUUGCUGUCCACAUCAAAAGGAGCGCUUACGCUUCGAUGAAGCGUCGCUGGAGCGUUUCUUGUCCCAGCAGGGCCUGCCUGGCUUCAAAGAGGGAGCCAUCAAGGUGAGGAAAUUUGGUUAUGGUCAGUCAAAUCCCACCUACUGUUUGCAGGUGGCCAAUCACAGGUAUGUGCUGAGGAAGCAGCCCCCAGGCAAGUUGAUCCGUGGUGCCCACGCGGUGGACCGAGAGUUUCGAGUCAUGAAGGCUUUGAACCAGGUGGGUUACGAAGUUCCUCCGGUGCACGUGCUCUGCGAAGACCCGCAGGUCAUCGGCACGCCCUUCUAUGUGAUGUCCUUCAUGGAGGGACGCAUCGCGGACAACGGCCUGCUGAACCUUCCGAAGGAGGAGCGGCCUGCGGUGAUGCAGUCCAUCGUGCAGAGCCUGGCAAAGCUCCACGGCUAUGACCCAAAGGAGUUGGGCUUGCUGCAAGGAAGCAAACCCUUUGGAAAGAUGGGAGGAUUCUAUGAGAGGCAGAUUCGAACCCUUCAACGCACCAGUGAAGCGCAGGUCUCCAACUCCCAGGGCCAGGUGCCUCCCAUGAAGGCCAUGCCGGAGCUAUUGAGGUUCUUCAAGGACAACAUGCCGCCAGACAGGUCCUGUGUGAUCCACGGGGACUGGAAGCCGGACAACCUGAUCCUGUCCAAGAAGAAGCCACCAAGCGUCCUGGCAGUGGUGGACUGGGAGUUGAGCACCAUCGGGCACCCCAUGAGCGACUUGGCAAAUCUCUGUUUGCCCUAUCACCUGGGUGAGUUUGGCAAAGUGGUGGAUUAUCCACCUAUGGGCGGUGAUGGCGGUAUCUCCGAAGAGGAGGUGCUACGAUCAUACUGCCAAGCAGCUGGUGUGGAAUAUCCCAUUGACCAUUGGAGUUUCUACACGGCCUUUGCGUGCUUUCGCUUGGCUGUCAUUAUUCAAGGCGUUGCCAUGAGGACCUCCAGAGGUUCAGCUAGUGAUGGCACCGGCAACGUGAAGAUGCAGUCGGAAGCUGCUGACUCGAUGUGUUCGCUGGCCUUAAGCAUCAUGCGGAAGGCCUUUGGCUCCCGUCUCUGA